CCUGGCACUGCCCUGGGGGUCCCUGGCACUGACUGUGGGGUCCCUGUCCCUGCCCCGGUGCCCCCCCAGGUGCUGGUGGCGCGGGUGGGCCGCGUGUGCCGCAAUGACCGCGGCGGGUCCCCGCGGGUGCUGGAGCGGCGCUGGACGUCGUUCCUGAAGCUGCGGCUGCGCUGCUCCGUGCCCGGCGACACCGUCUUCUACUUCGACGUCCUGGAGGCCGUGACGCCCCCCCGGACCCUGCACGGCCGCCCCGCCGUCCUCGCCCUCUUCGGCACCCAGCCCAACAGCAUCCCCGGCUCGGCCGUGUGCGCCUUCUACCUGGCCGACGUGGAGAGAUCCUUCGAGGGGCCCUUCGCCGAGCCCCGGGGGGCCUCCUGGACCCCCGUGCCCGAGGACAGGGUCCCUCAGCCCAGGCCGGGCUGCUGUGCCGGGCUGGGACCUGCCACCGGCGUUGGCACCUCCGGGGACUUCCCCGACGAGACCCUGGUGUUCGCCAAGGAGCACCCGCUGCUGCACGGGGCCGUGGCACCCGCCGGGGGCAGGCCCCUCUUCACCCAAACCGGCACCAGGCUGACCCAGCUGGCCGCGGACACGGGCGCGGGGCCCCGCGGGGAACACACCGUGCUCUUCCUCGGCGCCGAGGACGGGCGGGUGCUGAAGGUCCUGGUGGGCACGGGGAGCCCCGAGACCACCCAGCCCCCCGCGGGCACCCCGGGCCCUGGGGACACCCCCGGGGCUGGGGACAGCGGGGACAGCGGGGGCACGACGCUGCUGCUGGAGGAGAUCAACCUCUACGAGCCCGGGCGGUGCCGGGCCCCGGGGGUCUCGGGGGUGCCCAGCCGGGUGCUGGGGCUGGAGCUGCACCCCCCGGGCCGGGAGCUGCUCGUGGCCUUCGCCGGGUGCCUCGUGCGGGUGCCCCUGAGCCGCUGCCGCCGCCACGGCUCCUGCCGCAGGAGCUGCCUGGCUGCCCGGGACCCCUACUGUGUCUGGCUGCCCCCCGAGGGCUGCGUCCCCUUCUCCGAGGACCUCCCGAGUGGCUUCCAGCAGGACGUGGAGGGAUCCCUUGGGAUCAGCGGGACCUGCCAAGAGGCGCCGGUGGUGGGGCAGGACGGGGACGAGGAUGGGGACGGGGACCUGGCCCACGGGGUGCGGCGGCCCGGGCCGGGGGCCGCGCUGGCGGUGCCGCUGCCGGUGCUGGUGGGCUGCGUGCUGGGCGCCUUCGCCCUGGGGGCCCUGGGGGCCGGGCUGGUGGCCACCUGCUGCCACCGCCCCGCCGUCCCCAAGGCUCCCCCGGAGCCCCCGGCCCCGCGGACCCCCGCCCAGCCGCCCGCGCCCCGCCUGUACCCCGCGCUGCCCCGCGACCCCCCCGAGCUGCCCACCCCCGAGCCCACCCCGCAGCCCCCGGCCAAGACCCCCCGGGAGCGGGCGCCGGAGCCCCGACGCGGCCCCCAGAGCGCCCAGCUCGGCGGCCUGGGGUGCCCGGAGCCCCCCGGGCCGGGACCCCCGCCCAGGGCGGCGCGGGAGGAGCCGCUGCAGCGGCCGCAGGGGGGUCCGGGGGGCGCGGGCUGGGCCGGGCCCCCCCCCAGCAGCGGCUCCUUCGCCAACCGGGUGCAGCCCCGAGCCCUGCUGGCCCUGGCCCCCCACGACAGGGCCCCCCUGCGCCUGGACGUGCCCCCCGACAGCCCCCCCCCGCCCCGGCGGCCGCUGGCCCAGAGCCUGUCGCUGGGGGGGACCCCCGCCAGCCCCCCGGCCCGGGGGCUCACCCGCAUGUACUCGCUGGGCACGGGGGGGCCGCCCUGGGGGGGCCCCCGGCACGGCCCCCCCCUCGAGCGCUCCCUGUCCAUGAAGCCCCCCCUGCUCCCCAAGCCCCUCCUGCUGCCCGCGGCCCCCGGGAGGCCCUGAGACCCCCCCCCAGGGGACACUCUGGUCCCCAGUGCUCACGGGAGACCCCAAACUGCAGCUGAGGGACCCCUGA